AACGAGCUGGACCCGGAAAUCGAUGGGCACAGGUGUCAAAGGUCUUCUUACCUACAUCAUUAUCAUACAUGUGCGAUUGUGUGCAGUGCUGUGCAAAAUUUGACGACAAACAGCGUAAUUUGUUCUCAUAUUCUGCCAUCAUGCGUCCUUUAACGGAAGAGGAGACCAGGACUUUGUUUGAAAAACUUUCAAAAUACAUUGGUGAAAAUAUUAAGCUUUUAAUUGACAGGGCAGAUGGAAUGUACUGCUUCAGAUAUCACAGAGAUAGGGUGUUUUAUGUCAGUGAGGAAAUCAUGAAGCGAGCUGCUAGUGUUGUCAGGGAUAACCUUAUCAGCUUUGGGACGUGCUUUGGCAAAUUCUCCAAGACCAAGAAAUUUAGGCUUCACAUCACAGCACUGGAUUAUUUAGCGCCAUAUGCCAAGUGCAAGGUUUGGGUGAAACCAGGAGCAGAGCAAUCUUUUCUCUACGGCAACCAUGUUCUGAAAUCGGGUCUUGGCAGGAUUACAGAGAACACUGACAAGUACCAGGGUGUUGUUAUCUACUCCAUGAGUGACGCUCCUCUGGGCUUUGGUGUUGCAGCGAAAUCAACUCAGGAAUGCAGACACACAGAUCCCAUGUCCAUCAUAGUCUUCCAUCAAGCUGAUAUAGGGGAAUACCUCAGGAACGAGGACACACUCUUGUAGGGACAACCCCUUCACCGACCGUGGGCACUUUAUGAACUAUAGACGCUCCAUGGACAGACCAUGUGAAGGAGAACUAAAAGACUAUUUAUAUGAUACAUGUACCGUUUUUACAGGAAAGAUCUUCCUGGUAUUGUAUGGCACAAUGCUCGUACAUACAAGCAUGCCAUUUACAUGUACAUGUACAUGUAGGGAG